AUGAGCCGCUAUCUCACUCCCUCCAAAGUUGCACUGCUGUGCCUCAUCUCCAUAUACACUGAAGGAGUCGUCCCCAACUCCUCCGCUAUCCAUGUCCUCUCAUUCCUGGUAUCGUGUCUAUUCCCUAUAGAAAAUACAGGAACCUCCACGUCAAAGAAAUGGGAAACAGACGCUACAGUCUCAAUCUCAGAUUUAGAGAAGACCCUUUCCGCGCAACCUUCCUCCGUCCCAGGACGUUCAGUAUGGGAUCUGUUCCUGAAAAAGAUCUGGUCCCUCGAUUCCUGCGAUGCGCUCGAGGUCUUCUUCGCGGGUAUCUCCAAGAUGCUAGUGAAGUCCCGUGAAGAGCAGAUCCGUGACAGAGAUAACGGCCUCGCUCCUGAGCCUGAAACGGGCCCUAUGCGUCUUUCAAGGAACUCGCCUCUAGGCACGUUCGUGAGAAGAGCUCAGCUUGAAUUUACGAGGCUGCAGUUCCAUGACUCGGUUAGGUUGUGGAAGGGCUUUGUUAAAUACCGCUUGCCGACAUACCGCAUUUGGGCGAAGAAGAACCCAUCGAGCGAACAGGCAUCCAUCGAUAUGAAUCUCCUUGAGCUUCAGCUGGAUGAAACAAGUUAUCUUGCUCAGGUUGUGUACGGUAAUAUGGCUGAUGACACGGAGUAUGAAAGGAAUGUUAGCACUAAAGAUGUGGAACGGUUACUGGAGUUUCAGAUUGGCGAGUUGCAGAGACUGGGUGGAAGAGUUCCGGAUGAGAUGAAAGCGCAAUUAGAACGUAUCAUCGCAUCAGGAGUGACGCUUCCUAACCUGACCCACUAUAUCAAAUUCCUCGACGCCUGGAGAGCAGGAGACUAUCCAUCGUCAUUCGACAACCUUCACCGUUACUUUGACUAUACCAUGCACAGCCGUGACCGGAGCGCAUACCAGUAUGCACUGCUCAACCUUGCUGUCCUUCAAGCAGAUUUCGGAUGCCAUGGAGAAGCCGUUUCUGCUAUGCAAGAGGCCGUUUCCAUUGCCAGAGAGUCCCAUGACGUGAACUGCCUGAACUUUUGCAUGAGCUGGCUAUAUCACUUUGGCAAAGCCUUCCCCGAGCAGAUGAAGGAUGUCCAAAAUACGGGUAUGCUUGGUAAUGAGAAGGAAGGGCUUGCGUUCCUAAAGGCAAAGGCCAAGGAAACUGAGAUGUGGAGUUUAUUAAGCACUACGUUGCUGAGUGAAGCUAAACUCGAGAUGCAGAAUGGAGAGAGUCUUGCUUCUGCUAUUGAGAACAUGGUUCGAGCAUCACAUUUGAAUGUCACCAAGAACCAUGUUAGCUCGAUGGGACCACAGUUAUUGCUGCAGACUGCACUUUAUGCGCGAAUCGGAGUAACACAUCUUUCAUGGUUGAGCAGUGAGAUCUUCCGAGAAUGUUAUGCCAACAACGCACCAUUCGAGGACUAUCUCAGAAGCACCUUUCGAAACUGUCAACUGCUAGCCCAGCAGGGCCGGUAUCGCGAUGUGUCAGCCUUGAUGAAACAAAUAGCACCCGAAAAACUACGCUCCCUCAAAGCAAAUCAACAAUGGACAUGUUUUUCAGGACUCCUACAACUACAACGCCAAAUCUACCGCGACGACAAAGUAGCAGCCGACCAUCUUGUCACCCAACUCCAAUCUAUCCACCUCCCCGACAGCGACAUCUCCCCCCUAAUCUCCUUCUUGGCCAUCGAGCACCAAAUCCGCCAAGGCAACUACAGCCAAGCCUUCGAAACCGUCGAAAAAGCCGCGCAAACAAUGCAUCAAGACAACUUCGACAUCCAUUUCCAAGUCAAACUCCUCUGCCUGAAAGCUCGCAUCCUCGAGAAAACCGAUCAGCCCCAGCGCGGCUUCUCGCUAGCCAUGCGAGCAGCAAGCAUCGCGCACGGCUCACGGCUUCUCCCGGGCCUUUGGGAAGCUAUCUGCGUGCUGGGAGGUGUGCUGCUGAGUCUAGGCGAGUUCGAGGCUGUUUCUGAACUCAUUGAGAGUAUUAUGCCGAGGGUUCUGGAGACGGAUGAUUGUGAUCUUGCGGCGAAGGCGCAUUCGCUGCUUGUGGAUGCGAAUAUGGGUAUUGCGGGGGUUAUGUGGAGUCAAGGACAGGGAAAUACGCCUGCGCGGAAGGAGUAUGUGAAUCGCGCGCUGGGGUAUAUUGAUUUUGCGUAUGAUCAGUACGCGGAAAUUGAGGAUAUUCAGGGACAGUGUGAGAUGAUGGCGAAGAAGGCUACGAUUAUGCAUCUUACGGGCGAUUUGGUGCUGGCUAAUGACUAUGCGGCGAAGUAUUUGGAUCUGAGGAAGCAGCACGCUGUUGAGGUUUAG